AUGAAGAAAGUAGCGUCUUUUCUUCGGACUUCAAUCGUAAAAUCUGACCUUUUUCCUCAGAAAGUAAGUCUUACCUAUAGAGGUAAGUCCUCCUUCCAGACCUUGUGUGGAGGAAUAUUCAGUCUGAUAAUUACAGCUAUAAUCAUUUGUUAUUCUGUCAGACUAUUCGUGAUUAUGUUCAGGAAACAGGAAACCUCAAAGUCAUUAAAUAGAGUAUACAAAGAUAUUCAGAACUAUCCUGAAGAUUAUGACCUUGAUAAAGAUACUUUUGUGUUUACAUUUAUUACAAGGGACACAGAUACUUAUGAAAGGCAUUUUGACCCAUCAUAUAUAACAAUUUCAGUCGUUCAGCAGACAAAUUAUUACAAUUUUAGUACAGGGGUUCGAAGAACUGAGCUGGAAGAAAGAUCAUUCUCAACUUGAAAUGAUAGAUAUCCUAUUAUUGAUGAAGCCUUUAGUGGGAUCAGAGAUCUGUUGAAGAAUAAUACUAAAUGACUAGAUAAUUAUAACUUUACAGUUCGAGGAAGUGUUUUUUCAGAUAUCGAGAAAUCUAUGACACUAAGUGUUUCCAAGUGCGUUAAUGGGACAUCUUCAGUCGUAUGCAAGACUCCAGCAGAAAUAGAGCAAAAGUUAAAAACAACUGAGCUAUUGAUGGGUUUUACCAGUAAAUACUUUGACUUUAAUGAUUAUGAAAACCCUAUCAAAACUACUUUUGAGUCGAAAUUUGGUUCUCAUCUUGAUACAGGAUUUUUAAAAACCCAAGAUUAUUAUAUCCAAAAACAUGAGGUUGAGGAUAUAAAUUAUUUCUUUCAAUUCGGCCAGAGCGACAAGAGUAAAUUCUACAGAGUUGCAGAAACUAUAUCAAGAUUUAGGACCGUCGAUUCUACUGCCAACCAAUUACUUCAAAUUAAUUUUUAUCAAGAAUCUCAGGUUUUAUAUUAUGAAAGAACAAUCUUCUCAUUCUUUGAUGUUAUUGGCAACAUUGGUGGAGUCUUUGGCUUACUCCUCCAAGCAGGGCUAUUCCUUACUAAUAACUUUAGCGAGAAGUAUUUCUUGACUUCCUUAUUUUCUUUCCUUUACAUUUCGGACAUAUCUAAGAAAGAAUGAAAUUUAAAUUUAAAUAAAAAUGUAGUGCUUCCGAAGAAUAGCCAAGGAAGUUUGAAAAGAUCUUCUAAUCAAAAUGAGACAAUAAAGCCUUUAAAUGUCCGGGAAAAUAGUUCGACAAAUGAGACUCCUGCUUCUUUUAAAUAAUCUCUCUGAUAAUUACCAUGAGGACUUGAAGGCUCACCUUAUGAUGACUAGAAGAGUUAAGUUUACUCGUUCGGAUUACUGUAAAACUCUACUACCAUUCUUCUUGAACAAACCAAAACGAGAGUUUGAAGAGCUGAGUGACAAGUUCAGCCAAGAGUUAGAUGUAGUGGAGAUCAUCCAUUCAAUUAGAGCCAUCAAGGUCAUCAUGAAACUAAUGCUAAAAGAGCAUCAACAGAAAAUUCUGAGUUUUAGUACUCAAGGACAAAGCCAGCUAAUCCAUAUCUUUACUGACAGAUUUAAUGAUAUACCUUUACGUGAUCAAGAUACAUCACUAAAAACUGAACAAUACAUUGAUUCUCUGAUAAAGAAACUAAGAUCAAUAGAUGAGAAUGAAGUUGAAAAAGACAUUCGAUCUAUUCUUGAUCUCCCCAAUUUCCUUCCAAAAACACAGCCUCCACUUGAAAUCCAUUUCACCGAUCAAGCUUCAAAAAUCAAUUUAUUGCCUGAUGAAGAGCACAAAGAAGACCCUCAAAGAAAUUCCUUCAGGAAUAAAACACCGCAACUGUUUAAACUUGGAAUAUAAAUUCUAAAAUUCCUGUUCAGUUUUCUUUCCAUUUGGCCC